GCUCUCCCCUUAUGACUGCGCCCCGGCAGAUGGUUCACCCCUGGGGGGCAGAGACCCUGCAGAGCAGAUGCUCCUCGGUACCAGCGCCCGUGCCCGGUGAUGCGGGCGGAGAAGCGCGCACAAACCCGCGCCGCUUGCGGACGCUUCGGCAGAUGGGCGGACAGACCAAGAUCGGUGGCAAGCGCUCCAGCCUACCCACUGGACCUGGGAUGGGGACCCUGCCGCGAGGUGCCACCCCGCCAAAGUCACCACUCCGGGGCGCGUUGCGAGGGAGAGCUGCCUGCACAACCGCCCGGAAGGAAGCAAGGCCCCUGUAGCUCUUUCAGAGGCUUUUCCAAGUUUUGACAAGAAGAGGGAGACGCACUGGGACCGCGCAGCCAUCAUAAGAAACGCUAAGAACAACCUGGAAGAUGUUUUCCUGCCCACCAGAUGUUUAGACUACAAUUCCCAACAUCGCCAACUAGUAUAGCCACUUGGCAAGACUCCUGGGAGUCGCAUCCCCGAACGUCUCAAGGACAUCAUGUUGAGGAAUGCUGACGCCAGCAUCCCAAACUCACAGAAGUGCCAUUAAUCACAUACUGCAAACUCAACCAUGAGCUGAGAUUUGUUGGGCGGUUUUUGCCCCCUUUUUGCUCACAAACUCAGCUUCGCUCUGGAGCCGUUUCCUGAUCAUCUAAAAAAGCAGUGGAGGAAGGUGUGCAGUGAGAAGGAACAGCCAGUGUGAGCGACCAUGAAGCUCAACGAGCGGAGCUUGGCCUUCUACGCCACCUGCGACUCGCCCACCGACAAGGCUGGCUUCCUCUGCAAGAAGGGGGAGCGGAACACCGCCUACCACCGGCGCUGGUUCGUGCUGAAGGGGAACAUGCUCUUCUACUUCGAGGACCGGGAGAGCCGCGAGCCGGUGGGAGUCAUCAUCCUGGAGGGCUGCACCGUGGAGCUGUGCGAGUCCACGGAAGAGUUUGCCUUCGCCAUCAAAUUCGACUGCGCCAGGUCCCGCACCUACAUCCUUGCGGCCGAGAGCCAGGCGGCCAUGGAGGCCUGGGUCAAGUCCCUCUCGCGGGCCAGCUUCGACUACUUGCGCCUGGUGGUCAGGGAGCUGGAGAAGCAGCUGGACGAGAUGCAGAGGAGCCUCUCCGGCCGCCACCGGGUCCAGAGGCGGGCGCCCCUCUGCCGGAAGAACAAGACGGCUCCAAAUUUGGACCAGGUGGCUCUUGGCCCUGGCCUGCUACAGAAGACGGUCCCCAUCUGCAUUCCAGCCAAAGAAAACGGCUGUGCGUUGUGGAACAAUUCCCCAGGGCCAGUCAGCCUGCCCGGGGGAAACCCCCAGGAGAGCGCAAGGACCUGCGGAGGUGGCAGCUACGAGGAGGGCCUCAAGCCACCGCCGCUGCCCCCUCGGAGGAGGGCCCUGUCGGGCGAUGCUGCCGGGGCCGCUGGAGGCGCCGGCCCCAGCAGCCCCGUGUACCCAAGCACGGCCUGCUUCUCCAAGCUGCACGACUGGUACGGCCGAGAGGUUCUCGCACUGCGGCGGGCAUGGCUGGAGGGCGCAAAGGACAGCCGUCUUCGAGCAGACGCGGCGGCUGAGCAAGCGCCCUUGGAAACACGGAGCCGUGAGAAACGGUCACCCGCCGUUGUGAGUCAGACUCAGCUGCUGGAAAGUCUUCCUGGCCACCGGUGAUCUGCGUGCUGUGCCAGCCGAACGGUUCCAGGGAAGUCCCGACAGGAGCCAGUGAUCGAUUGCAUCCUCAUUUCCUUUGAGAAGCGAGUUGGCAGCCCCGCCUGAGCCCUGUGCUUCUUUGAUAAGAGUGAUCCUUGAGGAAAUUCCCUGUUGAAAUUAAAACAAGGGGCCUUUGCAAAUGAUAAGUAAAGGGACCUGCUUUUAAAAGCAACUGGCCAGGUCAGAGAAAAAUCAGCUGGGAAGGGUGGCGACCCACCACCUCUUCCUCUUCCUCUUCCUCUUCCUCCACGAUUUCCGGACUGGAUCUUUCCUGGGAGCAGCCAGGCUAUUCAGCAUCAGCGGCUGGGCACCCUGCAUGCAGAACAGGGAGAAACCACACAUUUUCCCUGUUCGUGGAGGGAUUGAAAUCUUCCAACGCCAGGUGAGUUUGACUCAGUCGGCUGUCAAAGUCUCAGGGGAAACUCACGAUCUCCCCCGCUCUCCCGAGACCUAUUCUGGUUCUGGAAAGGCCAAACUGCCAUUGUGUGUGAUGUUGCCCGGAAUUUCUUUGCGGUUGUGUGUUGGGGGUGCUGGUCUUCAAAUGGGACAUACAUCCUUGGCGGGUGGAAGCCACCAAAGAGACGUGCUGACUGGAGAAGGCCAAGACUGUCCUGGGGAACUGGCAUCGCACAUCCCUCCUGGCGGCCCAGCCCAGCCCAGGCUCAGCUUUGCUUGGUUCUGGUGUGGGCGGGCUUAAGAUUAUGUCUACACUACAAUGAUAAAUGGGUUUAACAGUCAAAGGCUUCCUCUCUGCCCCGCAAAGAGCUCAGGGAGACAUCGGUCAAGGCCAGCUAUGCUGGUCAGGUGUUGUGAUGCUCCCAAGCAGAUGUUUUGCAGAUGCUUCCAGGAAGGCAGAGCAGGUGGGGCCAAGCCCGGAAUGAGCUGCACUUGUCGCUUAAAGCAUUUGCGGCACAUGACUGACGCUUAGGAGAGCCAUUCCAGCCUUGGAGAAGGAGGGGAACCGGCACAAAAGGCAGAAGGGCACCCCGGGACGCCCCGCUGUCACCAACCGCACGGGGGUGUUGUGAAAUGAACGUGGAGCAGAGGAACUGGAUGUGCUGCCGAGCCGUGUGACAAUAUUCCAGCUUUCUUCUAAGAACCAACACGGGUGCGGGAUCGCUCUGGGUUUCCCUCACCCUCCCACACUACUUGCCUGGCCUUCCGGCCAGGUAAACACCUGCCAGCAACUCCUUUUUCUGCAGCCAGGCAAAAACCCAGCUGGCCAGCAGCCACCAGCAGCAGCCUCCUUCCCUACGCACAGGAAAUGUGCUCAUCAGAGCCUCUGGAAAGCCAGGGGGAGGGGCAGAGGGUGAGCCCUGGGUGGGAAUACUGGUUGUUCCAGGCCCCGUUGGCUGCAGGCAGCCUGGCCUGCAAGACGCAUGCGCAGGGCUCCCCUUCUCCGGCCUUCCUAAAGGUGUCAGCAGGUUUCGUAAUAUAUUGGCACAAGUUUAUUAGCUGCGCUUUCAAAUGGCAACACAUGAGUCAGAAUCCCCUCCGGGCCAGGAUGUGGGGAGGACGGUUGCAGGGAGAUCAUUCUUUCUGCGCCAGCCGGCCAGCAUCCCUUUCAGUCGCUUCGGGGGGGCAAGAGAAGUAUGUGUAGGAAAACCAGACAGUAAAAGCGCGAAGUUCCAGUAGCUUGAAAUGCCACUUUUACAAGGUUGCUGUGAUCAGAUCUGUUUUCGUUUUUAAAUGGAACCUGUUCCCAGAAAACUGCUGAAGAGCGCAGCAGGGGUACGGUUCGGAGUGUCGGAAAUGGACCCUGAGCCACCGGGAGCCCUUUUCAGUUCUGAAAUACGUUGGGACGAGGCACGGUCAUUGUCCGUGAGGGAGGGCAGCACAGCCGGGGACUGGGCCAUGGGCCAAAGUCUGACCCAGCGGGAAUGUCCAGCCAGGCAGUGGCAGGUGAAGAGGGCAGCAGGUCCCAACUCCCUUUGCAUCCUGCAAGCAUGAGAGUCCCGUGGUUUUGGUGAGCUUAAAACCAAAACUACACGUGUUCUGAAAAUUAGUAUUUUAAAUCAUGGUGGGCAGAAGCUCUUCUAACAUGUGAAAAACGAAGGAGUUUUUUUCUCUGGCUGGCUUUUUGUUUUUUAUGUUAGCUGUGUGCUUUGCAACUGAAGCGGUACACACAGGCCAUCUAAAGAGGUCUUCUACAAGACUGGAGAGCCCAGGGUAAAAAUUAUGAAUGAUCACCCAGCUGGAGCACUGUCUGCGCUUGCUGUUUCUCCUUUCUCUGUAGUACUUUUUGCCGCCUGCAACAGCUCUGAGGAGGGGAAUUGCUGUGUCAUCCCAAGACAUGGGCUGGCAGUAGAUUCAGUCUAGAGCCAAACGAGAGCACACAUUUCUUCCCAUGAGGCAGAAUUCACUUGUGGAACUCACUGCUGCAGGAUGCAGUGACGGCUACUAUCUCAGAAGCGGCUGCAUGUCAGGUCCUUUUUCACACGACGCCGAGCAGCUUUGCCACCGAACUGCAGCCUCUUUCAGCACCGUGGCCCGACAGCUCCAGUGCGGAAGCAAGUCCUGAAAGCAAGGGUCUCCAGGUUGCUAGACCCUAAACGCUGAAAGUGGGGUGAGGGAGGAGGAGAAAGUACUCUUGGUGCAUCUGCAAAAGUCUCUUUCAGAAAACAGAAGACCCCCUUUGCAUGGAAAAUGCCGUGCAGGCCUUUGGAAGCUUUGGUGGAGAAGGAACAGUCAGUCGCUGAGCCGGCGUGCCAAGGGGACGUUUCAUGCACACAUGCUAAUGGAAUUAGAUUAAUUGGAGGCAGGACUCAAGAGGGCUGUGUGUUUUGCUGCCUUUUGGUUCCUGUUGCCCUGACGAUCUCAGCCACCACAUGGUGUAAAAACAGAGGUGAGCACAUGAGGUUCUUUCUCUUCCUCGUGAUGUCACUUGGGGGCUCGGACAUGCUGAACUUCUACACACAUUAUACGUCUUUUCAUAUGUCAGGUCCAAAACUGCACUAAAGCACUGGGGGGGGGAUGGUGCAGCUUUAAAUGCCCCCUUCUCUCCUUGCAAUGUCAGGUUGCGUCCACUUUCUGUUUUCAGUCUUUGUUUGGAGGAAUCUUGGGGGGCACACAAGCUUCCUUGAAGGAUCUUGGCUUACCCGCCACAACCAGCUGUGGGAAGGUGGCUGGAGGCGCUUGCUCAUAGUUUUGGACGGCAGGGCAGAUCAGGCACACACCCGAAACACUCCUUCAAACCUUCAGCAAAGCAGGAAGCAAACUGUGUAUUACGUCAAAGGGGUUUUAAAAAGCACUUUGCCUUAAACAAGGGGUGGAGCAACUGGAGCCUGCCAGGUGACGUUGGACUACAACUUCUAUCAUCCUGAAGCAUUCGCUUUGCUGGCUGGGGUGAAAGGUGGAAGCCACAACUCAGCCACCCCUGCCUUAAAAAGACUCCAUGUCGUCCUUUUAUCCUGUCGUCGCUUCCCCAGUAGGUUGUGGCUUUAUGUAGUUAAUGUCAAGUUUCUUGUUUUCUUGUUCCUUGCAUCUCUCCUUCCAUGCUGACUGUCGAGAAAAGCAUCAGGCUGGGUCUGACACUGCACCAAAGUAGCGUUCGUUCUGCACACCCAAGCAUGUUUUUGUAAAGCCAUUGAGAAUUCUGUCGGACAUGCAGCCAAAACAUAGAAAUGUUCUAAUAAUAGUAAGUCUCCAGCUCACUCAAAUGUGUAGAGCAGAUUAAGGGAACGUCAGAGUAUCCUACCUCUGGGUUAUCACCGAGAAGAAUAAGAUAGGCAGGGCCUAUCUGUUGUGCUUCUGAUUAGGAAACUGCCGUCUCAGGUCCAUUCCGCCCAUUUGUUGAAGGAAGUAGAAUUCAAGACUUCCAUUCAAGAACUGAGCAGUAAAGCUGAACAUGCUGUGUGUUUUUCUUCUUCCACAAAUGGAGGAUUUAGUAAUUUCGCAUGCACAGAAGCUGCAUGAAUAAUUUGUUAGAAAGGCGACUGCUUGGAAACAUUUUCCUUUGCAGAUAAAAACCACAAGCUCCCCUGUGCUGAGGCUCAGAGAUUGCUUCCGGGUUCCUGGAACGAAACGUUGCAGGGCGAGAACGAAACAUUACAGGGCGAGAGCUGGAGGCGGGGCGACCUGGGCAGGCACGGCAAAUUGCAAUCUUGCUGCAUCCAACCAUCCCGAGACUUAACUGCCACACACAAAUAGGUCUGUUUGUGUCACCCAGUUUUGCACGCCCAGCGCAAGGCGGUAGGGCUUGGCAAAGGAAAGAGCGAUUGCACACAUGAAGAAGGGCAAGAAAGUUCAUGCUAACCCCUUUUCUCAUGAGCCGAAGCUGAAUUUUUAGGGUGCUCCCAUGCAGAAGGCUGUUAUUCGGCACAUAUCUAGUCUGUGAUUCUGACAGUAAGUGUGGUAUAGCAUUUAGCGUCUAUCCAGGACAAGUUCAGUAUCUAGACGCCAGUAGCUAAAAGCCCUCCGUUUGGAAGCACUCCCAGGUUCAAAUCCUCUCAUCCAUGAAGAGCACUUGAAAAGCCUUGGACAGUCAUGAGCUCUCAGUCUGACCUACCUCACAGGGUUGUUGUGAGUAUACAAUUGUGAGCAAUGACCGUGUUUGCUACCUUGAGCUCCUUGGAGGAAAAACAAUAAACAAUUUGAAAUGC